AUGGAAGAAAGGAAAAUUUUGUGGCUGGCCUUGAUUCUUUACAUGACCACUGCACCAGUUUAUUGUCGAUAUUACUCUCGAAGUGUGCCAUAUGCAUCCUCGAGGAAGAAAGUUAGCAAGCUCCACUUUUUUUUCCAUGACAGAAUUAGUGGCAAAAAUCCUACUUCUGUCCUCAUAGCCCGUCCCAACAUUACUAAAGACGGUAAGUCACAAGAACUACCAUUCGGUAGCUUAUUCGCAGUUUACGAUCCAUUAACAAUAGGUCCUGAACCGACAUCAGGGGUCAUCGGUCAUGCAGAAGGACUGUAUGUAAUGUCCAGUCAAGAUGUAUUGACACUAGUAACAUAUCUUGAUUUCGGUUUUACUUCAGGUAAGUUUAAUGGAAGCUCUAUUAGCGUGUUUUCAAGAAAUCCAGUGACAGAGAAAGAACGUGAACUUGCCGUGGUUGGAGGGAGAGGAAAGUUGAGAAUGGCUAGAGGGUUCGUUGAGCUUAAGACCCACUUCACAAAUGAAACUGCUAGCGAUACCAUUGUAGAGUGUCAUGUGACUGUGAUUCAUCACUAA